AAGACAUAUUCUGAUACACGCUCUCUCGAAUUUCCUAUAGUGCCCCAUUAUUGAGGUCCUGUAUACCACACAUUACUACACAAAGAAAAAAUGAAGUAAUAAUUCGUUUAAUAACAAUCAUGAAUUUUAAUGUUGCAGUAAUGCACUACGUGGCAAAGCAAUGUCAAUGCAAUCAUCUACUAGGCAAAUAGAAUCAGGGCUUCAGUUACUUACAAGACUCAGUAAUCGACCAUCCCUUAAGGGUUUGUGUAAUGUACUAUUCCCGGAUGGACUACUGUCCAAGGAAACUGUGGAGAUUACCGGAAAUGUAUCUAGUGGAAAAACAUUUUUAAUGACACAGCUUCUUGCUCAAUGUAUAUUACCUUUAGAAUAUUCAAAGGUUAAUAUCGGAUUAGGCAUAGGCGUGAUAUUUAUAAAUACCGACCACCAUUUUAUGGUUACGAAAUUAGUUGACUUAAUGUGUAACUAUAUAAAAAGUGCAUUUCAAUCCAAUAAUCAGAAACUUCCAAGCAAUGAGGAGAUGGACGUGAUAAUCAAUUCCUCCUUGAAAUGUCUAAAUAUUAUUAAUUGCUAUAAUAAUUCACAAUUUCUUCUUACAUUAAAAACAUUGGAAACUACAUUACUAGAGAACUAUAACAUAGCACUUGUUGCAAUUGAUAGUAUUUCGGCAUUUUAUUGGGAGAAUCGUGAUGAGGGCGGAGUAUGGGCAAUGGAUUUGUACAUAACCAAUUUAUUAGAACUUUUACAUAAAAGUGUUACUCAGUUUAAUAUUGCUGUAAUAUAUACAAGACCUAGCAACUUUGUAUCCAAAGUACAGGAUCCUAGUGAGAAGGGAUUGAAAUUAACUAUGAAAAAUAUAAAUUACAAAAUCAAUGUCCAUAGAGACGAAAAAUCGGAGAACCACCUGUGUACAAUCAGAACUGCCACAAAUAAAACUGAUAUUAAUUACUUAAUAACUGAAUGUGGUUUAACAUGGUUAAAAGAGUCUAAGGUGAUCAAUGAGGAUAAAGAAAAUUAAACUAGUUUUGAAAAAUAUCCACAUUUGAAAGCAAUACUUUGUUCAUAACGUCUAAAGGACUCAAAAGUCUAGAUCCUGCCAAUGUUAUUCUAGGAGAACGAGGUCCGUGCAAAGAAACAAUAGAUUCAACAAGUCGAGCUUCUUCCGCUGUUAUACCGCCCAGCACAUAAAUUAUUAUCCAGGGAUUAUCAGAAGGAUGUAGUUUCGUUCUUCCUUUGAGGAGUAAACUGUAAUUUUGAUAGAAACUUAUUUUAGUGCACAGUCAUUAUGAUACUGUCACGAUACUUUUACGUUGUAUUAUAUUAAACAUAUUUUUAUAUUC